AGCUCGCGCUUAUCCGCUCGCUCCCAAUCUUCAAAACCACCCUCGGGAAUUUCACAGCCAUUGACCCUGACUUGCACUGCGUCGCGCCACCUGUCGCAUUCUACCAACCAAAAGAUGCCACGUGUCUGCAGGACAGGGAUUCUCCCGGGGAGAAAGCCCUGCUGAGCUGUCUCGGCGUGAGGGUCAUCGACGAGGCGGAUGUUCUCGCGAAAUUUGCGCUGCCCGGAUUUGACGGGCAGGGCGAGGAGGAGAGGGAGAGGGUGCUGCAAUACGUGGUGCAGCAUUGGCAGCAGCUGAAGCAGAAGCCAGCCGUUGUGGACGCGCUGAAAGAGACAAAGUUUGUGAUACCAGCGCCGCCCGCCGCCGAUGCUGCCUCUCUCUUCCCUCCUCCUGAUUCCUUCCCUGCAAUCGCUCUCUCUGUUGCCGCUGCCACCUCAGCACCUCUCACCACCUCCUCCUCCCCCCACCCUUCCCACCCUCUCGACUCUUUCCCCUCCGCUUCAAUUUCUUCUGCCCGAGUUCGCCCGUGUGAUCUCCUCGACCCAGCCAAUGACCUCCUCCGGCAAGUUUUCGUGCACUGCCCAGAAAGGUUCCCGGGCGGGCAGUUUGAAACUUCGCGGUGGCUGCCCGUGCUGCGGGACUGUGGCCUCCAAUCCGCCUUCACUCCUGACCUCUUCCUCCAAUGCGCUUCCGCCGUGGAAGCGCGGUACGUCUCCUUCCUGGAAUCUUCCUCUGCUGCUGCAGCAGCAGCUGCUGCAAACACUGCUGGUGGCGCAGCCGGUGUUGCUGCUGCUGGUGGCAACUCUGCAUCGGAUUCGUUUCUGCUGUUUGGGGGAGAGGACCCCUCUCAGGAGAGCGACACAGGGGACUUUGAGAAUGUGGAUUUGUUUUCGGGAGGCCGCACCACCGGUGGCAGCAGCAGCAGUGGUGGCCUGUCGACUGCUGCUGGAGCAGCAACAGGAGGAGGGGGGGUGGUGGGAGGGGGCCCAGUGGUGGGGGUGGAGGAGGAGCUGUGGGUGGUGGCAGGGCGGCUGACAGAGGCGCUGCUUGCAAAUGUGGCGGUGGUGUUUGGCAGCAGUGCCAUGGAGUCACUGGGGCAGAUCAGGUUCAUUCCAGCAGAGCGGGGAAUACCAACAGGCGGGGCAGCGGUGGAUAGGCGGUGCCUCGCCAGCUAUGCUGCCUGCGUGGCGCCGUCUGAUUGGCCGCUCGCGUGGACGGCGGUGCCUGUGCUGGCGAGGGAGGCGUUUGUGCCGCCGCAGUUCACGUGGCUGAAGCUCGGCCUCAAGUCCCCGCCGCCUCUCUCCCUCGUUCUCACUCACCUCAAGGUCUUGGGUCGAGGGGGGGGAGAGGAGACCCUCGCCCGUUGGCCAAACAUCGUAGGAGGAAAGUCAGUGGAAGAAGCGUUCGAGCAGAUCUUCAAGUUCCUCGCCUCCCAUUGGUCCUCCCUCGACCCGCCCGACAUCCGCUCUUUAAAGCCCGUCUCGCUUGUCCCCGUCGCCAACGGCACCCGCCUCGUCCCAGCCUCGGCGCUCUUUGCCAGGCUCGGCCCGGACCUCGCGCCGUACCUGUUCGAGCUGCCUCGGCGGUUCCUGCCAUUCUCCCAGCUGCUGGUGGACCUUGGGAUGCACGACUCCCCCUCGCCCUCUGCCCUCUCCUCCUUCCUCUCUGCCUUGCACCGCUCUUCCGGAGGGCAGAGGCUCAACCCGAACGAGCUACGAGCUGUGCUCAGAAUCUUGAGACUCGUGUGUGAGGGAGAGGAGGAGAAUGGGGGAGGUGGAGGAAGAGGAGGAGCAGCAGGAACGCUGCCUUGUCGCUCUGCAGCGCUCUCUCCUCUCCUGGCUCACGCCGUGGUUCCGGAUGAUUCGUGCCGGCUCGUCCCGGCCCAUUCCUGUGUGGUGGUAGACCCAGCUGCCGUUUUCCUAGCCAAUGAAAUCGACCCGCGCUGCCUUCGUCUCGUGCACCCGCUCCUGCCGCCGAGCCACGCGGCCAGGCUCGGCAUCCCGAGCCUGUCGCAGGUGGUCGAGCAGGAGCUGGAUCCGAACCUGCUGAUGCAGCAGGUUGGCUCGGUCGGGGGUGUUUCUCUUAGGAAUGUUGCAGAGAGGAUCAGCAGCAGAGAGUUUGCUGCUGCUGCUUGGGAUGUUACCCCUCCCUCCUCCCGCGCCCCUCCAUCCUUCUCCCCCAUCCAAUCGCGUGACGACGCGUGGCGAGCGCUCACGCGAGCAGCGCAGGGCCUGCGAUUUGUAUCGGGCCUCCACACGCGAUUCGUGAUCCUGCCGUCCCCAGCAUCUGCUACAGUAGCGUCUCUCCCGCACGUACUAUCUGCCGCCCUCAGCCAAUUCCUGGGCUCUCCCGUAUGCUUGCCUCUUGCCGCCCUGCUUGACUGCCCACCGAGCCUCCAACCGGGCCUCCGCCGAGCCUUGGCGCUCGGUUCUCCAGCAGCCCUGGUUUCUGCCACCUCUGGCAGCUCUAGAUCAGGUUCGGAAGCCGAAGGCGAAGAGGAGGGGCGUUUGGGUGCAGAACUAGCAACCUCAGGCUCGGAAGGGCAGGCUCGGAUGCCAAGCCUGUGGCAGCAGCGGGUGGCGGCGGAAAGGGGAGGCAUGCCUGGGGAGGUUGUAGCAGCUGCUGACGUGGCACUGCUACAGUGCCACCCACUGAGGCCGUUCCACGCAGGGGAGGUUGUAGCGUGGAGAGAGGAGCGAGGGGGAGGAGGCGGGGGGUUGCUAGCAGGCAAAUGGUUUGGGCAGGGGCAGGGGGCAGGAGGAGGAGGGGGAAGCAGUAGAGCAGCAGGGAGCACACUCGAUCCUGCCUCAUCCUCGCCCGCAGCACCCGCAUCCACGCUGCGCUAUGGCCGCGUGGUGGCGGAUGUGAGGGCGACAGCAGGCCAGGCGCUGUGCCGCGUGCAGGUGGAGACCUUCCCCAACGAGAUGCGCCUGCUGCUCUCCUCCUCCAUCCUCUCCUUCAAAUCCUCCACCUCCUCCUCUGCCUCUGCUGCAGCCGCUGCAGCAACGGCAGGGGCAGCAGGGGAAGAUACAGCUCCCCCUGCCGCUGCUGCUGCCUCUCCAGGCUUGUUGGCUCUUCCUCCCACUUCUCUUGGUGAAGCUGCCAGCUCAGCAGCGACGUCGCCGCCAGCUGGCGCCAUGUCAGCGCCGUCGGUGGUCCCGCCUGGCGAGGUGGUGCGGGCUGUGAACGACAUGCUGGCGGCGGCAGGGAUCCCGCUGGGCGGCGGGCAGCAGCGGCUGCUGACUCAGCUGCUGACGAUGCAGGAACAGGUGGCGGCGGUGGAGGCCACGCUGGCACAUGAACAGGCACGGGCCGAGCAGGCGGAGAAGGAAGCGGAGUCGGCCAAGGCGGCCUGGACGUGCCGCAUCUGCCUCGCUGCUGACGUCAGCGCGGUGCUGGUGCCAUGCGGGCACGUGCUGUGCGCCAGCUGUAUUGCCAGCGUGCACCGCUGCCCCUUCUGCCGCUCCCACGUGGUGCAGACAGUGCGCCUCUUCAGACCAUAG